AUCAAAUCAACGUCUCAGAAUGUUCAAAAUUCUUGCUUUCUUGUUCGCUGUUUUGGCUGUAGCUUUCGCCGCACCAAAGGCUCAACCAGUACCACAAGUAUUAGCUGCAUACAGCGCACCAGCAGUUGUCAGCAGCUACUCAUAUCCAUAUGCCGCCGCUAGUUACUCUGCUCCAGUUGCUUACUCCGGAUAUGGUUCUUUAGCUUAUUCUGCACCACUAGCUUAUUACUGAUUUAAUUAGGAUACAAUUGAUUUGUGUGCAAUGAAAAUUGAUUCGGCAAUUAGUUUUAAG